AUGUCUUUAAAUAGACGCGCUUGUGGUGCUCAUCAAUCUGAAUUUUCGAGAAAAGAAAUCAAUCAUCACCUGAAACCUAGGCCUGAUUGGGACCCAGGAUUUACAAAUUCAAAAUCUUCACACGCAAACUUUUUAUACGACCUUUGGCAACAUCGAUGGAAAAAUGAAAUUUUUUCCAACCGUCUUGGCAUUCAAUACAAUGUAUGUUUUGCAACCAACAGUAGUAAUUUUGUGCGUAAGCAUCCAGGCGCCUACAUUUAUAGGAAACACCUUUCAAAUUUCAAAUUCAACCCUAGCAGUAAUGCUGCUACAAAACGUAAACAGGAAACCCGCUUCAAGAGACAUUGUGCACGGGUGUUCAAAAAUAUCAACCCUACAUCCCGCAUUAUGAAAGAGGACAAACUCGCAGCAGGGAGACGUUUUCGCUUCCUGUUCCAUGAAUCUCAACACAUUUAUUCACCUGUUCACCAUCUGAAAUUCAAACGUUUUUCAACAGAGAAAUUAUUACUCGAUCUGGUUGAUUAUACAUUUAACAUACCUCACCAUUCACUGGACAAUCCCAGUAUUACGCCUAUAAUUCGUUCACAACCUUCAACAUCAUAUAGGCCUUCUGGUACCAACACAAUCCCCCAUUAUAUGGAUGCAGAAGAAAUCACGGCUUUCGGCGAUUACCUAAUGCCACUUGCCAACCGUUUAGAUGUAAAUUCAUCUGACGCUAACGCUAUGGGUACUACACUCAAACAUUAUUAUCGUCGAAUGAAACAACCUCCACCACCUCCAAUGCCUUCCAAAAAGAAAGAGAAGCACAAGUGGAAGAAAUGGAUGGAAAAGCAUCAUGACUAUGAUGACUUUAUGAAUAAACCGUACACUCAUAAAUCCUGUACUCCGGGCAAAUACCAUACAGAUCUCUUUGGACUCCCUUCAUACACAUCAGACGAGACUAAAGCGGUGGAAUACUGCCCUAAUAAGAGGGAUAUUACGACUAAUCCUUCCGUUCUGUCUACAUCACAAGACAAUAAACGACCAAGACCAGCAAGACGACCCCUUCGGGCUCCUCCCGAGAGGUUGGGUCUAUCAUUAGCUUAG